UACUCUGUGAAGAUAGUCAUUAAGGCUAACAGUACGUCAGGGUUUAAAUAAGAGGCGUGCUGUAUUGGUCUCACAGUAGGCGAAUCCAUACUGUCACUGAACGAUGGAUUUCCUACCUCUGGCUCUGGUCGUUGGUGCUCUGGCGUUCUGUACUGGUGAAGAAUCAUACUUCUCUCUUGAUGAGCGUGACAUUGAAUACGGACCGUACUACGGAAGUGGUGACGGAGAUUCUUACCCUCACGGCUACGUACCACCGUCCACCCAAGAUUGUGAACACUUAUACAUAGAUACAAAACCGAUGCAAUGCUCUGAUUUUAUCACAAGCAUUCCGCGAUCCUCUGCUUUUCUCUAUUUUGUACAUGCAGCGCAUUAUUUACUGUACACGGACGACUACUAUUUUCUUAUGUGGGAACUGCAGCAGAUCCCGAUAUCAGAGGAGGUGCCGGAACCGGACUUGACGUCACGCGAGUGUCGAACACAAUCGAAAAGGUUACUAGGAUAUUGGAGAGAUUAUGGCGAACUUUGCUGGAUAGUCUGGGCUGGAAGGCAAAACGUGCAGUGCGCAAACUGCCUAAAUGACUACUGCUGCAGGGAAUUUAACUCAACCGACGGCAUCUCCCUGUUGCCUCCAACAAGUAGGUGCAGACCAAGUGGACAUACCGUACAGAAAUUCAUUGUAUUUUGUGCUUAUCUCUUCGGCGACCCAUACUAUGGUUAUUUCUACCAACAUUACACAUACCUGCCAUCAUGCUGCGAAUGCAAAACUGACAUUUGCAAAGCAAAGAGUAGCAACCACAAAUUUGCAUGAUUAGGCUAAACAUUAUAUUCCUUUUGCACUGUCGGGCUCUUAGACACGAAUGAUUAUGUCCAAUAAUUGGAUUUGUACUAAAUACGAUAUGUAUGAUAGUGCCUUAUUUAACUAUACACGUACGUAUAUUACUUCGUUUAGAAAAAAUAAAUCGACAAAUUUGCAGAAGCUGUUUAUAAAAUUGAAAAUGUAUGCUAUUAAAUUGAAUAAUGGUGAACACGUUUUUCUGAACAGAUUUUAGGCUCGGGAAUAAUAUAAAACAUUUUCCUGAACAUUUUGUUCCAACUCCUGUAAACAUCAUGAAGCCAUUGAAGAAUUGAAUUGAAUUAACAGCAGAUCAACAUUUGCGUUUCAUGUAGUUCGACGUUUUAGGAAUGGCGUUGUAAAAUAAACACUUUUUUUUUUUAUAUCACCUUAUAAAUUAGACGAGUUUCCUAUACAGUGAUGUAAGAGACCGAUUUUGCAGUGGAAAGUAAUGACUGGACAAUGCAUGUGAAAAUGGCAAACGGCAAUGGACACCGAUAUUAAAUCUUCAUACUCAUGUUGUAAAGCUGGACAAAAUUUGUAUGACAUUAUACAUUAUGUUACAAAUAAAAUAUGUUUUUAAACCCAAACA